UGUAAGUAUUCCAAAUACCAUUUGAAACAACCCAUACCUGAGUAGUACGCUUCAUCUUCUCUUCCUCCCUCCAAAACAAGCAAAACAAUGGAGGAAUACUUGCAGUACAUGAGAACUCUUCGCAGUCAGAUGAAUGAUUAUGAAGAUCAAACGGCAAAAAUUUCGGUUGAUGAGCAAAUGCUAAUCACUACAAUUCACACUCUCGAGAAAGACCUCGACUCAGCAAAGACAGAAACAAAGCGAGUUGUGGAGGAAACUGAUGAAAUGAUUAAGAACAAGGCUGAAUUAUUGUCCAGAAUUUUUGAAAAGCAAAAAAGAAAUGUGUCAUUGGAAGCAGAUUCCUUCAACCUAUUACAGACUUUGGAACUCAUUCAACAAGAAAAAAGCAACCAAGCAGCAAAAGUUCUUGAGAAAAGCAUUGUUUCCAGGAUAUAUUAUUCCAAGGUUAUUGAAGAUAUGAAAUCCAAGUUGCAAGAGCAGAAGGUGGUGUUUGGACAGGACUGGCUGGAUAACAAUCUAAGCAAUGAGCCUUCUAAAGAUGAUAUCAUGGAAAAAAAAUUGAUUGAAGAAAUGUCUAGUAAGGGCCCAACAUCAUGUAGCUCGGGAGAUGAGAAUAAGACACUCUUGCUGGGAAAGGUGCGUGCUGCACAAUCUAAGCUUGAUGAGACAAUUCACGCAAAAAACAAACUAAUUUCUGAGAAUAAUGAGCUGAAGCAAUCUAUUGAACAAUUAAAAAGUGAUAUUAAUGAUAUCAAGCCUGAGCUAAUUGCCACAGAAGUUAGUUCGCUGGAAAAAGAACUGAAGGUGCUCUUGUCAGAGAAGGAUGGGGAACUGGAGUACUUGAAGAGUUUACGGAGCCAAAUUGAUAAACUGAAGGGAAUACGCCAUCUUGUCAAGUGUGCGUGCGGAACAGAAUACAAAAUAGAAUUGAGCCAUUGUGAUGUGGAAGAAUAAUGUACACUAGUGAUUUUAUAAGGAUGAAUAUAGUUUCCGAUGUAAAGCUUGCCAUUUGAACAUUCUAGGGAGAAUUCAUGCUUUUCUUUGAAUUCUUGAAAAGUUUUAAUUCUAAUGCUACCAAUUGCUAAGAGUAAAUCACUGCACCAUGUAUGUAUGUGUCUGGUUUUGUAUGCUUGUAGCGGGAUUCGGAUCAGGCAUAAAAGUAGUAGGGAAGAGUCUUAGGGCAUGUUUGGUUGAUUAAUUUUAUUGGUAUGGAAUGGUAUCACAACCCAUUCCAAUGUUUGGUUAUGCAUUUUUACAUUGGGAUCUCAUACAGAAAGGAUUCUCAUACCAUUCCAUUCCUUAGAAUCUCAUACCCUCCUACCCCCAAGUUUCAAACUCCAUUCCCCCCAUAUACAAACCCUAAUUCACUCUUCCUUCUUGAAAAUCCCUCUCUUCCUUCAAUCUGAAAUAUUCUUUCCUUGUUCUUCAAUCUUCUUCCGCCUCCUUCAAUCUUCUUCAACCUUCUGUUUUUCUUUCCCUGUUCUCACCGGUGACCUCCUGCUCCCUCUGUUCUUCGGCUUCCUCUUCACUCCUGAAUUCCCUCCAUUCACGUUUCUUUCUGGUUCAUCAACACCGUCAUCAUUUUCUUUCUCAGGUAAACCAAUCUCAAUUUCUUCUAACAGUUUGUAUGCAUUACUGUUUUUGUAAAGCAUCUCAAUUGUUAGGUAUAUGAUUCGCUUCUUGUAAACGAAUUUCUUCUUAGAUUUGAAUUUUGGAGCUUUGAGUUCUUUUAUUUUUUGUAAUCUUUGAUUUUAUGAUAAUGGUUACACUUAAUCAAACAAUUGUUUAUCUCUUAUUACUAUGGUAUCCUCCAUUGUUAAUCGAUUCAGAUGGUUCUUUUUUCAAGUAUGCUUUCUUUUUUCAGUGUCCUCCAUUCUAGACUGUUAAUUUGAAUUUAUUAAAGUUUUGAUUGAUUAGUAACUUAACUAUACAAUUGAUUUGGGUUUAUACAUUUUCAAAUGGUGGAUUAGUAAUUUAAUUCUACAUUGAUUGUGUAUUUCGUUUUGCCGGUUGUGUAUUUCAUCUUUGUUCAUCAUUUUGCCUUUAUUUUUCUUAAUUGUUAAUGGAGGAAUGUUUCAGUUUGUUGUGAUAUUAGACUGUUAGUGAACAAUUUUGGUGAAGGAAUGCUUUAAUGGAGGAAUGCCUUAAUUUAUUUUAAUGGAGGAAUACUUUGCUAAUGACGGUACUUGAUUGUUGUGAUAUUAGUAAAUAUUAUUGUAAGUGGGGUUUUCUUUCUAUUUUCUUAUAAUACUUAAUGAAGACUUGCUAACUUAGUACUGAUGGCUGAUUAGAUAUGUCUAAAAUGGUGAAAAUGUAUGUGUUAAAAUGGAGCUUUUGUCAGCAAUCUAGGUUGCCUCUACUUUUAAAAAAUGUGCUUGCAUACCAAUCUAGGCUACCUCCAAUUCAAAUGCUCAGUUUUUUAACAAGAUCUCAUUGAGAUAGCUGUUGGAUAUAUAUGAUUGCUAGAUUAAUAUGAUGGUGCAUGUAUACAUUCAUAUAAAUGAUUCCAUCUCAAUUAGCCAUAGUAAGAAGAAGGAAGAAGAGACAAAUUGAAUUACUACUACUUUUCAUGGUUGUUAAUAAUGUCAUUACAAUCAUGUACUUGGUGAUGUGUAUGAUGGGUGUAAUUGUUUAUGAAAUUGAACGACCAUGUUAUAGCAAAAGUGAGAAGAAACACCUUAGACAAAAGCACUUGGAUGCACUAAUCAAGGAUAGUGAUAUAGUCUGCAAAAGUGAACUUCGUGUGAAUAGAAAAACCUUUUAUGUCCUUUGUGAGAUGGUUAGAGAUGUCGAUGGUUUAAAUGGCACUCGAAAUAUGUCUUUGGAGGAAAUUGUAGCUAUGUUCUUGUACACUUUGGCACAUCAUUUGAAAAAUAGCACAAUUAGAAGUCAUUUCUUUCGAAGUGGAGAAAGUGUUAGUAGAAACUUCCACCGAUGUCUUCUUGCCGUGUUAAAACUACAUACUCACUUGCUAAAAAAGCCGACACCUAUAACAGAAGAUUGUGAAGUGGAUAGAUGGAAAUGUUUUAAGAAUUGUUUAGGAGCCGAAGAUGACACUCAUAUUAGUGUUCAUGUGCCAAGUGAGGAUAGAGCAAGAUAUCGGACAAGAAAAGGUUCUAUUGCUAUGAAUGUGUUAGGUGUAUGUAACCCUAAUUUGGAGUUCAUAUAUGUUCAACCUGGUUGGGAA